AUGGAGGGAUACUUCUUCCUUGGAAUUUGCUGGCUACUGUUACAAGACGUAUUAUGGGUACAAGCCAGGACACCAGGCACAAAGUCAGGUCUUACCGAGGAAGUAAUUCAGGGGACUGCUUUGGUACCAUCAGAAACAACACAAGCUUUAGCGGACAGAUGUAGAGGCUAUUAUGAUGUUAUGGGCCAGUGGGAUCCACCAUUCAAUUGCAAUGCUAGCAGCUAUCUGUACUGCUGUGGGACGUGUGGAUAUCGUUUUUGUUGCCAAUUCAAGCAUGGAAGACUAGAUCAAAAUACGUGUUCCAACUAUGAUACCCCCAACUGGGCCAACACAGGAAAUCCUAUUUCACAGGGUGAAGAUGCAACAGAUGAUCCAAGCAAGGACAAAACCAACAUGAUUGUGUAUAUUAUCUGUGGAGUCGCUGCCCUCAUGGUUCUAGUGGGGAUCUUUACCAAGCUUGCUGUAGAGAAGACACAAAGUUCCACAAAUGACUUAAAUGUGUCCAGGACUCUGACUGACCUUCUAAAGCAACCAGCCCAUACGGAUUUUGUGACAGAUGGGCAUCGAGGCAGUGUCCAAGUGCAGAUCACCGAAGUGAUGCAGAGGAUAUCCCCACGAAACAGUAUUGAUCAUGCGAAUUUCAGUAGCCUGGGAAUGACUUCCUCGCUGGCUCAUCAGAUUGGCUUGCCACUUACUCACAACGACCGAGCACAGCUAGUUCCUAGCAUCUCCUUGCAAGAGCAAGAUUUCUCCAAGUAUGCAACCAUGAAAGCAGUUGAAAACACAAAUGAAGAUGUUUGCAAGAGAUUCCAAGUGGUUGAUGUUUUUGGACCUUCUAAUAGCUACCCACCUGGAGGAUUAAAUGCCCAGUGCAGCUCCUCUUUACCUGAAAGCUCAUCCUAUAUUUCGCCCAAGUCAACCAAUAAGGUAAAAGUGGCUAAAACCAACACACACCCUUUGGCUGGUGCUGGAUUUCAAGGAUGGGACACAAGUCAUCAUGAUAUCCAAAGGCAUGUCUAUGCAAACAAAAGGCAGUACAGCAUUGAAAAGCUUCCUGAACUUUUUAGUCAACAAGGUCACUAUGGUAAAAAACCCAAGUGUCAUUUCUCCAGUAACAGAAAGACUGAGGUCACAGUCUGA